CGCCGUUCGAUUUCCAUCCCCGGUCCAAAACGCAUGCGACCUGAACAUGCCGCCGCCGACACUCAUUCUCCUCACUGCCGACCUCGCCGCGUAAUCCAGCCCCUCUACCUCAGAACAACAAGCCGAGCGCCAUUCGAGAUUUCUUCUGUUCGCCAUCUAGACGACACUCUUCCGACACUUUCACCUUUGAGCAUCACCCACAGCCUCAAUGGCAAUCCCAUCAUAGACAACGCGAUCAUCCCCCCCAAAGAAUCGCCCAUCCCGCGGGCUCCGAAGAGACGAGAAGAAACACACCCCCUCCCCUCGCCAAGGGGCCAAGGGGAGGACCUAGACGAUCACCAGCGAUGCAGACCUACCUCUCCGCCUCCGAGAAUACUCUAUCAAAAUGGACAACACGCCGCUCCACCCAGACAUCACGACCCUCCCGCCCGACACGGGCCAGCGCCACGGCGACUUCCUCACCGCGAUCCCCUACAACCGGUCAAUGUACCGCACCACCCUCCUCCUCCGCCUCGCCUCCAUGCUCAACGCCGUCAUCAUCCUGGCCUCGCUCGCAUCGCAAAAGGAAGACGACGCCUUCAUCCACGACAACUGGUCUUUCGGGUGUCCCACGGCGGUCCUGGCGCUGCUGUGGAGCGCGGGCGAUGUAGGCGCGAUGCUGGUGCGCGAUCGCGGGUUCCGGUGGACGAAUAACGAUCCGACGAGGCUGCCGCGGAGUACAAAGUUCAGUUGGGGCAAGCCCGGUGCGCAUGUGGCUGCGCAUUUGCUGAUUUGGGUGCCGACGGCGGCGUUUAUGGGGAUUGUGAUUUCGAAUUGGUUGUAUUAUCAGAAUGGGGGCGGGUCCUUGGGGUUUGUUGAUGCGCGGCAGACGCAUACCAUGGCGGCGGUAAUUUUCUUCAUGUUUGUCUUGACGAUGAUCCACUUUGCGCUCUUCAUAUUCGCCAUUGUCGAGGUGGACAAUGUGCGACGGCACUACUCAGACGUCGUCUUCAUUCCGAGGGGCGAGCUGUGCGAGAUGGUGCCCGUGCCGCCAUCAACGCCGUGGGAGAUGUUCUCGCCGCGGAAGCUGCUUCUAUCUUAUUUUGCGAACCACUAUGUUCGCUUCGUGCCCGGAGCAGACGGGACAGUUACUGUUGCUCGAGACUAUAGCAGUCGACAGGCGAGGUUUUGAAGAGGACCGGCCAUUUACAAACACACAUACAAGCCACGACGUUGGCUUUCUGAAACAAGACAGAGGCUCAAGUCGGAUUAAAAGACUUGAGUAUUUUUUCGAACUCAUCAAGAAUGGAUGCUCGAGAAGCACCAUUCAUAUUACUUUACCUAACUAUAACGGAAAGGAUUGAUAGAAGGAACACUGGAUCCUCCGCAGGAUCAUCGCAGAAACAAGCGCCAUUUGAUUUUAACAACAGCUGGAUUGAUACCCAGGGAUAUAUGGAGUAGGUAUGGCAGUCAUUUAGCAGCA